AUAGUCAGUUAGUCACCCCCGACUCCGCCUCCGCUUUCAUAUUUGCAGUCUCUCUUUGUUUCUCUGCUAUUCUCUCUUUGUUUGGGGGAGGAUUUUGAUUUGAAGGAAAUGGGUGAUAAUAGGUUGAGUGGGAAAGUGAAGUGGUUCGAUGACCAAAAGGGUUAUGGCUUCAUAACCCCUGACAACGGCGGCGAAGAUUUGUUCGUUCAUCAGUCCUCCAUCCGCUCCGAGGGUUUCCGAAGCCUCGCCGAUGGUGAAGAGGUGGAGUUUGUUAUUGAAUCCUCCGGUGGCAAAACCAAGGCCGUCGAAGUUUCUGGACCCAACGGGAACCCAGUCCAAGGCAGUACGAGACCCGGACGCGGCGGCGGCGGUUAUGGUGGUGGCGGCGGCGGUUAUGAUGGUAGCGGAGGCGGUUUUGGUGGUGGCGGUGGUUACGGUGGAUCUGGUGGAGGUGGAGGAAGGAGAGGUGGAUAUGGAGGUGGAGGUGCAUGUUAUAAGUGCGGUGAGAUGGGUCAUAUGGCACGUGACUGUGGACAAGGCGGCGACGGCGGUGGAGGCAGAUAUGGCGGCGGCGGUUGCUACAACUGUGGAGGUUCAGGUCAUUUUGCUAGGGAGUGCCCAAACUGCGGCCGCUAGUUUUCAAAUAUGCAUACUAGGUAUCUUUUGUUUCGGUGGUCAUUAUGAUUAUCCUAUGGUUUGGCUUUUUAUGUUGGUUUUUUCUUGGUUUAUGAAGAACUUUUGCAAUCAGUCCUAUUCGGUUCACU